UGCCGUUGUGUGAGGACGUCCUAUAAAACGUGUGAUAAAAACAUCACCUUGUAUAUCAACGAAUAUCUGUGUUCGAAAAUUAAAUAUUUGAUUUGUGAAUCUGUGUUACGUUUUAAUUUUUUAAAUUGUGCGGUUCAUCAACUGAUGGACGAUAGAACUUGAAGAAUAUAAGCUAUGAUAUAUUAUUUGGUGUUGUACUGUAUUUCCGUGUGCGUUGGAGCUAUGCCUACCGUGAUAAAUUAUGUGGAAUCAAAUGAGAAUGAAGUCCAUUCAUACAACUUUCCAUUUGUGAGCCGUGCACAAUGGCGGGCGCGGGACCCAGUGAAGACGAAUCCAUUGAACACGCCAGUCCCGUACGUGGUGAUCCAUCACUCAUACAUUCCACCAGCGUGUUACGACCGGGAGAAGUGCUGCGCAGCCAUGAGAGGCAUGCAGAACUUCCAUAUCGAUGACCACGGCUGGUGGGAUAUUGGAUACCAUUUUGCUGUCGGUAGCGACGGUGCGGCAUACGAGGGGCGGGGCUGGGAGACACUGGGUGCGCACGCGUUGCACUUCAACUCAGUCAGCAUUGGCAUCUGUCUCAUUGGAGAUUGGAGAUACGAGGUACCACCAGCGCAGCAAAGAAAGACUGCCAUGGCAUUAAUAGCAGCUGGAGUGGAACUUGGCUACAUCAAAUCAGACUACAAACUCCUUGGUCAUCGCCAAGUUAGAGCCACAGAGUGCCCAGGUGACGCUCUCUUCAAUGAGAUUAAGACUUGGGAUCACUUCUCACCGUACCCGAGUUCUCAUUUGGAUCUCCUUGAUAUCAAAGAGAUCCCGGAGUGGGUAAAAGAUACUAUUAGAGGAAAGAAUACCACGAUGCACGAUAUUCCUUCGUAGGGAUCUUUUUAAUGUUUUGUGAAUGUUGUAGGUAAAAUUGUAGUACGAUUAGGUGCCGUUUUAUUUGAUCUUUACUUAGGCAAAGGAUCAUAGGGACUCGCUAGAGAAAGGCAUUGUAGAAAUGUAAAUAAAAAUUACUGUCGUACUUAGAUAUAUUUAAUGAAUAGGUAUUGAAACUAUUCCUUAGUAACGAUUUUGUUCAGGACUUAACUUUAUGCAUUAAAUACCUCUGAAUACGGCAAUUAGAUAAACCUAUAUCGAAAUACUCAAAUGCCAACCAAUUUAAAAACGUGCUUCUGUAUACCUACUUCUGUCCCUCUUUUUGAAGGCGGAAAAUCAUCUAAUAUCUUCUCCCUUGACACGAGAGGGAGUGUCAGACUCCUACUGACUAAAAACCACUCCG